AUGCCUCGCGCCUUCUCCUCCCCAUCGCGCUCGCCGCCACGCCAACGCCAUGCCCUCCCUCCUCCGCCCCGCCACCGUCGCACGCUCUCCUCCACGCUUGUCGAGGAGAGCGUUGCUGCCGCCGCCGCGCUCGUCAAAACGUGGCAUCCCGACGUAUCAUGCUCCCUCUUCCUCCACGACGCCACCGGUCAAGCGGAGGAGGCCCAGGGCUUCCUGCGCGCCGCCGCCGAACUCCACCGAGCCAUGCUCUUCUUCGCCGCCGACACCACCAACCCCAGCUCCCAGAGCGGCCACGGCCUCGUCCAGGCGCAGGAGCUGCUCCAGACCGCUAUGCGCCGGCUCCAACUCGAGCUCCAGUUCCUGCUCGACAAGCACGACGAAAGCCAACAACAAGCGGCCGCCGCAUCCGCUGCCGGUGCCAGCAGUAUACGCGCGGUGGCUAAGGCCAUGAUGGCCGCCGGCUACGGCAAGGAGUGCAUUUCCACCUUCAAGUCCCACCGUCGCACGGCUCUGGCCACCAAGCUGCAGCGUCUCCUCGGCUUCUCACCUCCAACUGCUAGUGGUAGCAGCAGAAACUCGUCGUCGUCGUCGUCGCUCUUCCACAAGCUCACCUGGGAGCAGAUCGACGGCAACAUCAUACCGUCGUGGAUCGCCACCGCCACCGUCGCCUUCAAUUCCCUCUUCACCGGGGAGAAAGACCUCUGCGACACGGUCUUUGCCCGCGACGCGGCUGUUCGUGAGGCUGUGUUCGCGGCCAUCUCCAACGACCAGGCCAUGAGCCUCCUCGGCAUCGCAGAGGCCGCGGUUGCAAGAGCAAGGCGCGCCCCGGAGCGCCUGUUCCGGGUGCUCGACGUCCAUGACGCGCUCACCGAUGUGCUGCCGGCGCUCUUGUCCGUUUUUGGGGACAACUCCGAGGUCGCCACUAGGGCCGCCGUCGUGGUCACCAAGGUCGGCGAGGCUGCGCGCGGGACCCUGAGCAGCUUCGAGGCGGCAAUCCAGAAGGAGCCGUCCAAGGCCACCACGGCCGGCGGCGCGGUGCACCCGCUGACCCGCUACGUGAUGAACUACCUCGUCUUCCUCGCCGACUACCAGGAGGGCCUUGCUCUUAUCUACGAGCAAGCUGAUGCAGAAGGCGCAGACUACACCUCGUCAGUUUCUGGCAACGUUUCGCCGGAACAUUAUGCGCUGUCAACGACAUCGUCUCCGUCGUCGAGCAUGUCGUCGUCGUCGUUUCACAGUUACAGCCCGAUCCACCGGCUGGUGUCGGUUCUGCUGGGCAAGCUGGACGCCAAGGCCGGGUGCUACCGGGAGGUGGCGCUGAGCUACCUCUUCCUGGCGAACAACACCAAGUACGUGGCCAACAAGGUGGCCGGCAGCGGCAGGCUGCAGGGGGUCCUCGGGGAGGAGUGGGCAGAGGCGCAGGGCGCCAAGGCGCGGGCGCACGUGGAUGUGUUCGUGCGCGCGGCGUGGGGCAAGGUGAUGGCCGCCAUCUCCUCCGUGCCGCAGGAGCCUGAGGUUGUGGAGGCGGCGGUGUUGGAAGCGGUGGGCAUGCAGGAUCAGUGGGUGGCGGCGGACGAGGAGAUGGGCGGGGCGUUGAGGGCGGCGGCGACAGCGGCGGCGGUGCCCAAGUACAGGAUGUUCUACCGGCGGUAUGGCGCUGCAGUGCGGCUGACGCCGGGCGACGUGGUCACCAUGAUCGCCGCACUCUUUGGCGGGACUAUAAGCACUCCAUGGCAUCAGAGCCGCUGCAGCACCAUCUCAAGGAUCCAAAUUCAAACACAAACCCAAGGAGACCGCAGCAGCUGUUCGCCUGACAGAGAAAUCAUCAGCAUGUACAAUUGUACAUAG